AUGGGAAUCAUAGUAAAGAUUCCAUUGACCAUAUUGCGCAGCCAGAAGACGGUUAACAAAAUUGAGCUAACCAGCAUUGACCACCUGCUCGAAAGAUCACCGAAGAAGAGGAUAGCGAGAUUUUACCGGCAAGAGGAGGCCAAGCGAACGAGAUACGAGACCGAACCUACUUGGAACCUACCACCAACCAUCCAAGCCAGACGGCGAACCUCAGCAACCGGCAUGACAUGGGAUGACUUCUUAAAACAUUGGGAGAAGAAUCCUGAAGAGAGUAAGCCUCUUACCCCUGAUAUUCCAGUCGAGGAGGUAACCACCCUCGAAAUACAAAAGGAAGUAGGGUCUUCACCAUCGACGAACCCUAGUGAGACCGAGUCCGACCUAGUCGUGGAAACCAUAAGAGGGAUGGUCCAGCACCACCAUGGUUACUAUGCGGACAUUCGUCGAAGCUUGCUAGCCGCGCAGAACCACCUCAAGAACUUCCAAGGGAUCUCCAAGACCCGGAUGAAGAGGUUACUGCACCGCGAAAAGACGCAACAUGAGAAGAGGAUGAAGAAACAUCAGCGACCAUAA